UUUUUGUUAUCUCAGGUUGUUUGGUUGAAGACGUGUAGCAGCUUCUUCAGGGAGGUGCAAACACGGAAACGUGCUUCAAACACACCGCUGUAAAGGAAGCGCGUCGCCGGGAGUGACAACAGUGACACACGUCGCGCCGACGUGGAGGAAUGGACAGAGGAGACAGUGGGGACAGAGGAGACAGUGGAGACAGAGGAGACAGUGGAGACCUGACAGUCUGCGGCAGAAGGAGGCGCAGCAUCAGUGUCAACUCACACAUCUGCAUGUGAGGAGCAGAGGAGCCGCAGCCUGCAGGAGACCCGCAACUCUGGAGGCUGCAACAGGGAAGCCCUCAGUGGACUGCGUGCUGCAGACGUCCAGCUCUGAGCUGCAGGACACGAUGAGACGCCUGGGCUCAAACUCGGAGGAUCGCUCCCGCCUCACUGCCGCCCUUUCCUGCCUGAAGAGUGCGGAUGAAACAGGAGGUGACGUGAAGCCUGACCUCCAACAGGACAGCGAUGUCUUCUCUUCCACUAGCUCGUUGCCCCUGCAGCCUGCCAGCAGCCGAGGCCCCUCCAUCUCCAUAUCAGUGGCCCCUUGUUCAUAUGACCAAAGACUGUGCAUAACGCCAGAUGAAGCAAUUGACGUCUUCACCCCGGAGCCAGUCACCCCUCCGGCCACUCAGGUGUCAAAGACGCGCACCGCGAGGCAAUCGCACACGUCUCCUCCGCCUCCUCGCAAAUUGCUGCAGCUCUUCCCCGGCAUCGCAAUGACGAGGUGCAAGAGUCAAGAGUCGCAGCUCGCCAACCGCAUCGAAGAGCCCACCUCAAACAAAAUUUGUAAGAAGAACAAAGUGUUGGCUAUGCUUCAGAUCAACGGCAGCGGCAACAGUCCCGAGGAUUCUGCGCUACGCUCGCCGCUGCUGUCCGCCCGAACGCCGGGUCCUGUUCCGGCCUCGGCGCCAUACACGAUGUCCGCCGUCCCCAACCUGCUGGACAAUAUGACCAUGACCAGAGGUUCCCCUCAGACGAUGAGGAGAGACAUUGGCCUGGCCAUAACACACAGGUUUUCCACCAAGUCUUGGCUCUCACAGACGUGCCAAGUGUGUCACAGGAGCAUGAUGUUUGGUGUAAAGUGCAAGCACUGCAAGUUAAAGUGCCACAACAAAUGCACCAAAGAUGCUCCUUCAUGUCGGAUUUCAUUUCUAACAUUGCCAAGGAUGCGCAGGGCAGAAUCAGUGCCCUCAGAUAUCAAUAAUCGGAUUGAUCACACAGCAGAGAUCCCACUGCAAUAUGGCACUUUGCCAAAGGCAAUAAACAAAAGGGAGCCUCCCGCCACUUUGAACCAGCUGGAUUCCAGCAGUAACCCGUCAUCAGCCACCUCCUCCACACCCUCCUCUCCCGCACAUCUGCAGCAGAGUAACCCCCCAAGCGUCAGCGCCACCCCACCUGCCAACCCUUCUCCACGGGGCUCCAGCGACAAUCGCUUCAACUUCCCAGAUGUCCCUGUUUCCAUGAGUGCUGCUGUUCCACAUUCAAGCAGCCACAAUGACUCUGGAGCGUCACAGGUGACCGUCACUGAGACACAGCUCCCAUCCACAGAACAUGGAGCGCAGGAGGGGGCAGAGGAAGACUACCCAGCCGAGGAUGAGGAAGCAGCUGACCCUAGCAACGCUAAUAAUAGUUAUGCUGCCGAGGAGUAUGAUGAAGAUGAGCUGGAGGACCUGCCGUCCUCCAUAUGUCGCCGCGGGACCGCUGGUCGCUGGAGGGGCCAGAUCUGUCGUAAAGCCAGCCAGACCAGCGUCUACCUGCAGGAGUGGGACAUCCCGUUUGAGCAGCUGCAGCUGGGAGAGCUUAUUGGCAAGGGUCGCUGGGGAAGGGUGCAUAAGGGUCGCUGGCACGGUGAGGUGGCCAUUCGCCUCAUGGAGAUUGACGGCAACAACCAGGAUCACCUGAAGCUCUUCAAGAAGGAGGUGAUGAACUACAGGCAGACCAGGCACGAGAAUGUGGUCCUGUUCAUGGGCGCUUGCCUGGCCCCGCCCCACCUCGCCAUCAUCACCAGUUUCUGCAAAGGUUUGACUUUGUUCUCUGUUGUGAGAGAAAGAGGUCACAUGCUGGACAUCAAUAAAACCAGACAGAUUGCACAGGACAUAGUCAAGGGAAUGGGUUAUCUUCAUGCCAAAGGCAUCGUUCAUAAGGAUCUGAAGUCUAAGAACGUGUUCUAUGACACAAACAGGGUGGUCAUCACAGACUUUGGCCUGUUUGGGAUGUCUGGCGUGGUAGAAGAAGGCAGACGGAAUAAUGUGUUGCGGAUACCCCACGGCUGGAUUCACUACCUGGCUCCAGAGAUUGUCCGUAAGAUGAGUCCAGAGGUGGAUGACGACCAGCUGCCUUUUUCCAAAGCUGCUGAUGUCUAUGCCUUUGGCACAGUCUGGUAUGAGCUUCAGGUCGGAGACUGGCCAAUCACCAACCAACCUGUGGAAGCUAAAAUCUGGCUCGUUGGCAGCGGUGUGGGCAUGAAGAAUGUGCUGACAGAUGCCAAUCUGGGGAAGGAGGUUACGGAGAUCCUGUCUGCCUGCUGGUCCUUCGAGGCAGACGACAGGCCGACUUUCACCCUGAUGUCUGACAUGCUGGAGAAACUUCCCAAACUGAACCGCAGGCUCUCUCAUCCUGGACACUUCUGGAAGACUAAUGAGUUGUGGGAUCAUCAUCAUCAUCAUCAUCACUGUCUGAGAGAUCUCUGUCAUCAGGGUCUGCAUGCUCACUGUCCAUACAUGUACAAAUACAGCAGCUGAGAGCUGACCGCCUUCAAAAACUCUAUUGGAUUGAGCUAUCUUAAAGAGAUUAAGGAGUACAAGGUCUGUUUUCAUGUGGUGGUGACAUGUGAUCUGGAUCUGAUGAUGAUGAGGAUGAUGAUGAGACAUGGUCCUAAUCAGGAACAACAGGAUACGUGGGGUAACCUGAGUGGAGAGGGCCACACAACUAUUUUGUAAGAGCUCCCUUAAAUUGUAUAACUGGUUCUGGUUGGAAACCCCUUAACUGGACCCCCUUAUGUUCUUCUGGCGGGGCCUGGUUUCUAGAUGAUGUCUGUGAACUUCCAUUUGCAAAAAACGUCAGCAUGGCGCCGGCUUCAAAAUGGCAGUUCAGAUUCAGCCACACAGAGAUGUUAUACAUGAACUGCACUUGAAAUUUUCUGAUUUGCUAGUUUGAAUCCUGGCAGGACAAUGGCUCUUGUGAAUUAAAAUUUUAAUUGUGAAUUAUGUGAUAAUGCUGCAGCUGUGUGUGUGUGUGUGUGUGUGCGUGUGUGUGUGUGUGUGUGUGUCCUGCCUCACUCCAGUCAGUAUGUGUGUACGAUAUUCAAUGAAUGUCAUGGGCUUCAAAAAAUAAAUAAAUGGUGAAACCCAAUCAAGCAUGAUCAAGCAGUGACCCAAUGUAUACAUGUAUAUAAAGUGCUGGUUGUUGUAUUUAAAAUACAGUGCUUGUGUGAGUACAAGGUUUCAUUGUAACUGGUACUUCAUUUGUAUUUAUGUAUAGAUGAUAGACACUCGAAACUGUUGACAGUUGAUUGGUGUUUUUCUUUUUGAGGGUGGGUUGGGAGAAGUUUUGUACAUAAUUUGUUGAUAUUUUGGAAGCUUCUGGUCUAAACAACUGUAGACAUUAAAGCUGAUUUAAAAGAUAAA